ACAACCAAGAAGAGACAGAAUCCUGUUUCCUGUUACUCACAGUUGACAUUAAUUGGCCUGUAAAUCGUCUUUUUGUGAGCCCAUCAUGCCGGUGGUGUUGCGUUCCUCACCUCUCCUUUGGGCCCGUGUGGCUGCCAUGGUUUUCGCCUGUGUAGCAUUCAGUGUAGCUCUUUAUGGAGCGGGUCUAACCCACGGCACGGGUGACUGGUGCGUGUUCUGCUGGAGUUUCAGUUUCGUUGGAACUCUUCUGAUAAUCUUAGUGGAAAUGUUUGGCCUCCAGACCCGCGCCCCUGUCUCAUGGAAGAACUUUCCGAUCACGUUCGCCUGCUACGCCUCCCUCCUCUGUCUCUCCGCUUCGAUUAUAUUCCCCCUUUACUUCCUGAAAGGCUUUGCUGGUCGCAGUGAGAUGAUCAACUGCCGCAUUGCAUCUACCGUAUUCUCUUGCCUCGCCACCAUCGCGUACUUAAGCGAGGUGAGUCUCAGUAAGGCUCGUCCGGGAGAGGUGGCCGGCUACAUGGCCACAGCACCAGGGCUGCUAAAGGUGUGCGAGACCUUCGUCGCCUGCAUUAUAUUCGUCUUUAUCAGCGAGCCGAUAUCGUAUGACCAGAAUGCGGCGACCAAGUGGUGCCUGGCUGUGUACUGCAUCUGCUUCAUCUUUUCGGCAGCCAUCAUCGUGAUGUGCGUAGGAGAGUGCACAGGUUGCCUGCCCUUCUCCUUCGCCCGCUUCCUGUCUUCAUAUGCCCUCCUGGCUGUGGGCUUGUAUCUGUCCGCCACCAUCAUCUGGCCCAUAUAUAAGUUUGACAAUAAGCAUGGAGGCCAAAGCCACAGACCCAACAGCUGUGGCUCCAGCAGCGGCCUGUGCUCGUGGGACAAGCUGCUGGCCAUCUCGGUGCUCAGCGCUCUCAACUUCAUUCUUUAUCUGGCUGAUCUCAUCUACUCAGCCAGGCUGGUCUUUGUUACUGUUUAAGGGGUUUAGCUAGAAAUAAUACAAGACGAAGGCAAAGAGUUAAAAGGCAAAAAGAGGGAAGUGGGUUGGAGAGUAAUGAUGUUUAAAUGAAAGGUCAUAAACUAUAUUCACCGUUAGCUAUAUUUUUUUGUCAUGCCUGUUUAGCAAUCAUGUGUACAGUAGGCAAAAAAGUUGAACUUUUUAAAACUAUUUUUAAAAAUGUAACAAAUG